CCCCCAUUUCCCCAAAGCCCUAGCCGCAAUUUGCCUUGCCCCUCCCACCUCCACCUCCGGCGCCGGCGAGGCCGGCUUUACCCGGCAGGCUCGCUCCCCUCGUCGAGGUGACAAGCUCCCAGGGCGUUUCCUGAUCUCUGCCUCUCCCCUCGGUCUGAGCAUUUGCCGCCGAAGCAUUUCGUCGAGCAGUUGGUGCGCGCUCGAGAGGCAGAGGCCAUGGCGAUGUCGAAGGCCAAAUCGAUCGCCCUACCUUUCGCCGACAAGUGCCGGAAUAUCUUGGCCGCCAGUUGGGAGGCCCAUCUCAACACCAUCAAAGCUGACCUCGACGGAAGCAAGGGGGAGAUUUACACAUCGAGGGUGCACUACAUGAUCGACAAGGGCUCGACCUACUUGAUUCUCCCCGAAAACGACAGGCACAACAUUAACAUUUUUCUCGAUGAGCGGGGGUCUCUCUCGGUGUGCGGCCCAGUCCCUGGCCGCCUGACUACCUUGCUCAGGUCCCUUGGCAAGCUGCCUCCUCGAAUUGCUAUGACCGGUGAUGUCCUGCUCCUGAAACCACGCACUAAGGUUCCCGUUGUUGCUGACGCCCUGAAGAAAGCUAUUCUGAAGGAACACAAAGCUGCUUGUGAAUUUAGUCACGGUGUGUCAGAUAUAUUAUCUUCUGCAAGUGCUGCCUGCAGAUCACGGAGUGAAGGCCUCCUCAGCGUACUUGACCAAGGGAGCACCUACACUGUCUUGAAAUUUGAAGUUGGUUCAUGUGUCUACAUAGAUUCGUUUGGGAGCAACCAUAGUAUUGAGCUGGAUAACUUUGAACCACCUAAAGCAGAUCUGCUAUUACCAUUCUCUUCGAAGCUUAUCGAUGGCAUCAACCGGAGUGACCGAAGACGGAGAGCACUUAUCUUUUUCUGCUUUGAGUACUUUAAUGUCACAGCAGCAGACGCACUCUUGCUCUCUAUUGAUCACCACGGAUUCGAUGUCCUCGCCAAGGUCCCUGAAAAAGAAGUCCUACUUGAUGUCCCACGACAGUACAUCUGGAAAGAGUUCAGAUUUUCAUUCAAGGAAGCUGCCAAGGAUAUUGAGGAUUUCUGCCGCAUGUUGGUUGAGCUAGAAGAAGAAGCUGUACAGAGUGUAAAGAGCUAUAGCGGGUUAUAGGUAGUUGAAAGUGGGGAAGUUAUUUUACUACAUUCUGGAACCCCAAAAUUUCUUAUAACAAGAUCUGGUGCUUGGCUUCGAUCCUCACGUCUCUCCCUAAUCUUUUCUGAUUGGCAAGUAUUUUGCCUCGUCUUACAACAAGAUCUGGUGAUUAGCUUUGAUCCUCAUGUUUUUCUGAUUGGCAAGUAUUUACCUCUUCUUAUAACAAGAUCUGGUGCUUAGCUUUCAUCUUUUCUGAUUGGGUAGAAUUUUGCCCCUCAUCUUUUCUUAUUCUCACGUAUUUCGCUUUGCUGUACACGGGGUCACAGGUUGAAAACGUCCAAUGAAAUGAAAACUGUGAUCAGUGGAAACUUACACCCCCAAUCAAUCUUUUUGCU